AUGUACACAGGCCUGGACAUCGUAUGCGACAACGCCGACCAGAAACACGUGAGAACGCUCUCGACGUUUAAGAAGAACACAAACACUAUCUACUGGAUGAAGUUCCGUAGCUGUAACCUGCAGAGGCUCUCCGACUACCUGUUCCUGGGCCUGGACGUGCGGCACCUCAACAUCAUCAGGAGUAACGUAAGCACCAUCAAGCGGUCAUCACUCGGCCCUCGGAAACUUGCCUGCCUCGACCUCUCCAACAACAAUAUCUGCAUGGUCCCCACGGCGGCACUCUCCUCCCUCAAGAUGCUGACCUUCCUCAACCUCAACUACAACCAGAUCCAGGUGCUGAGUGAGGGCGCCUUCGCUGGCCUCACGGUGCUCGAACGACUCUCACUCUACGAGAACAAGAUCCAGCAUAUCGAUGACAACGCCUUCAAGGGAAUCGGCAGGAAGCUGCUGCGACUCAACCUCGGCAAGAACGUGUUGACCGACAUCCCAACUGACACCUUCCACCCCCUGAUCAACCUGGAGGUGCUGGACCUUCACGAGAACCGCAUCAGCCACAUACCCGACGGCGCCUUCCAGGGUCUGCACAAGUUGGACAUGCUCAAGCUGGAGCACAACCUCAUCACCACCAUCCAGGAGAACGUCUUCAGCGACCUCACCGUCCUCAACUCCCUCAACAUCGAGCACAACCACAUUGUCAACAUCAGCGACCGCGCCUUCGCUGGACUCGAGAUCAACCUGGAAUGGCUGGAGUUGGGUCACAACCGCCUCGACCACAUCCCCUCCCACGCCCUUCGCCCACUCCACAACCUCCGCCAGCUUGACCUCGACUCCAACAGGAUCACCCACGUGCAGGAGGACGCAUUUAAGGGCUAUGGCGACACUAUCAAGUACAUCCUUCUCGACAAGAACAACAUCAAGACCAUACCAGCGUUGUCGUUCAUGGACCUUCACUCGCUGGAGUGGCUGAAGCUCUCCCACAACGAGAUGACGCACCUGACCGAGGACACCGUGCAGCCCAUCCUGGACACCCUCACCAUGAUCGACAUCUCCAACAACCCACUAGAGUGCAGCUGUGACCUCCUGUGGCUACGUAAGUGGCUGAGUAACCCCAACAACCGCGAGAAUCUGGUCUUCGAGAACGACCACAUCUGCAUCACCAAGGACCGCAAGUCUCACGCCAUCAUUAAUCUGCCCUUCCUGGAGUUCAACUGUCCGGUUCAUAUGCCAACUGAG